AAUCAGGCCUGGUUUGGUAGCAAACAACUUCUGCCUCACUAUACCCGAGUUGUCUCCUUUUAGGAUACACUAGGAAUCCAGUGAGGAACUGCUCUCUCCUGUAUCCUGGAACUGUUCCAGCACAUGGCCCAACCAGAGGAGGGGCUUGUGGAAUCCUCCGUGUCCAGCCAGUAAUGUCAGAAUUGAGGCGACAACAUGGAGUCUAGGAUUAACAGCUGCCUUGGGGAGAGGCAUGCGAUUCUGUGAUUCUGUGGGACUGUGCCCAUAACCCCAGGGGUCUGCCAACUUUGGGCAGUUGAUCUCAGAAGUGAGCUCAGUCAUAAGCCAGUGAGCUGCCUCUUUGGAAAUCCUUCCCUUCUAGUCCACUGAGGACCUCAAAGAGCUCCCAGCAGAACAGCUGCCAUGGUAUAGCAGGCUGGUCAGACCUGGCAGGGCUCAAGCUGACUGAGGUGGACCUGUUGAUACCCAGCAGUGGGGAUCUGAGUCAACACUUAAAACACAAGAAGGAAGGAAGGAAAGACCCAGGAUCAGUGAGUAGCUCCCAGAGGGAAAAUCCCACGGCACCUCACAGAUAACCUGCUCUGUCCAGGAUUCUUCUUAUUCUAGGCGUGGUAUCAAGGGACUGAGGGAAUGACUGAGUGACGUAGGAGAGACACCAUGGAAGCCUGGAUUCCUCCUUACACCCCAUGUCAGCCAAGAGCUGUGCAGAUCCCUGUGCUCAGUCCCAUGGACUGACACCGCUGGGCACCCAGCUGGUUCCAAGCUUGGGUAAAAGCUGGGGGCCACAUUCAACCAAGUAGUGGGAUUUGGGGUCCUAGUUAACUGCUUGUGCACAUGACAGAGUACAGGGCCUCCCUUCGGAAUCCAAGCCAGAGGUCUACUGGUUGCUUAAUAAUCCCAAGAACUGCCUCAGAGUCAGUCAAGGCCGCUGGCAGGCUUUCCUUGAGGUUUCAUUAACCAUUUAUCAGAGGCGAAAGGGUGGCUCUGUGUAGCACUGCUAGUCACUCUCUGCUCUGCCGUCUGAUUUCUUGCCCGGCUCCCCAUCUUCCCACGGAGAGCUAAGCUAGAGCUGAAUAGGACGCUGUGUCUCUAGCAGCCAGCUCUCCUUGCUUUGGAGUUUUCCCAGGAAAAGACAGGAACCAGAGGCCCUACAGGGGGACAGCCCCCUGACCUUCCAGCCAAGCAGCUCUGAUAAGUAGGCAGGCCGCAUGCCUGGAGACCCACAGACAAGCCCGGGUGAUUCCGACAGAAAUCAGUUACCCAAUCGUGUCUCUGGGGCUCACAGCCCGCCUCCCGGUGUGUGGCCUCUGACAGACACAGCCAUGGCCAACAGGACCGAUGCCUCUGUCCCGUUCACCAGCUAUGAAUAUUACCUGGACUACAUAGACCUCAUUCCUGUGGACGAGAAGAAGCUGAAAGCCAACAAGCGUAAGUCGGAACCCAGGAAGGCGGCCAGGCAGAGGCUGGGGCUGAGCCCUAGACUCCAUUGUCAUUGCCUUGUGGUUGAGCCUGGCUACUUUUGUGGUGCUCCUCUUCUUCAUUCUGCUCUACAUGUCCUGGUCAGGCUCCCCACAGGUAAGGCAUAGUCCCCAAGCCUACCAAGUAUGUUCAUGGACUCACGGCUUCCACCUCCCCCUGUGUCUCCGGAGGGCCUCCCUGCAGACAACAGAUGAGCCAGGAAGUAGAGCUGGCAUUGACCAAUGGUUACAGCAGCAGAGUCCUUCUGCCUCGCCCGCUGGGCCCCUGGCUCUCCCCUAGGACCAGGUUCAGGAUGGGUGUCCUAGGGCAUCAGCUGACCUCAGGCACAAGCAGUGUGUAGUGGUGAACCUGGAGACAGAACUUCUCAACUGUAGAACUGAUGGUGCCCACGAGCAGUCACGCUCAAGCCAACUGGUGAACUCAAACCAACCUGGACGGCUGUGUCUUUUACAAUGGCCUUAAAUGUAGCAAGAAACUGACUGGGACAAAACCAAGUUUACAAAGUGGACCACCAUACACGUUAACAGUCUGGGGCAAGCACGGUGAGGCUGCCCCAGACACAGCUGAUUCUGUUGAGCAUGCUUAACCUGCUUGCUGCCUUAUAUUUGCUUUGGGAGGCACAGGAAAAUAAAACAUGAAUUCAGAUAGAGAAA